AUGGAAGUGCUAAAGUUCUUUAUGCCCUUUGUUGGUUUAAGUGGGACAUGGCAGGCAAUACUAAUCAUUCUUUUGUUUCCAAUGUGUUUAACUCAAAAUCUCAGAGCACAUCCGAUAUUUCCAAAUGUACCUUACCUCUGGGUCUGGAAUGCCCCAACUGAAUAUUGCACUAAAAACCAUAAAGUGCCAUUGGACCUAAGCGUCUUCUCUUUAGUAGGAAGUCCCCAGAAAAAUAUCAAAGGACAAAGUAUUAGAAUAUUUUAUUCUGAUAGACUUGGCAAAUAUCCUUAUGUAGAUUCUGACAAUGUAACAUGGCAUGGAGGUAUUCCUCAGGCAGUAAAACUACAAGAGCAUUUGGAACAAGCUAAGAAAGACAUUGUUCACUACCUUCCAAAUAAUGAUAUAGGCUUGGCUAUCAUUGACUGGCAAGAAUGGAGACCUCUCUGGAUAAGAAACUGGGAUCAUAAAGAUAUUUAUAGACAGAUGUCUAUUCAGUCAGUCCAUCGUAAAUCACCAAGUCUUGAUGCUACAACUGUCAAUAAUACAGCCAAAGCGGACUUUGAAAAUGCAGCAAAGCAAUUUUUGUUAGAGACUUUAAAACUGGGAAAAUUACUUAGGCCAAAACGCUAUUGGGGUUAUUAUCUUUUUCCAGAUUGCUACAACCAUCAUUAUACUAAUGCUGGUUAUGAUGGACGUUGUUUUGAUAUAGAAGUGAAAAGGAAUGAUGAACUCAGUUGGUUAUGGAAUGAAAGCACUGCCCUUUACCCAUCCAUUUAUUUGAAUACCAAGUUAAAAUCUUCUCGACUAGGUACUCUUUUUUCCAGAAAUCGUAUUCAGGAAGCCAUUCGAGUUUCUAAAUCACAAAAUGCUAUGAAUCCACUACCAGUUUUUGUAUAUACCCGUCCAGUUUUUACUGAUGCAAGUUGGAAUUUCCUUUCUGAGUUUGACCUUGUGAGUACAAUUGGUGAAAGUGUUUCUCUAGGUGCCUCUGGAAACAUCUUGUGGGGAAGCCUUAACUUUAGUCAAUCUAAGGAAUCAUGCACAACCCUAGACAAUUACAUGAAGACCAUACUUGUUCCAUACAUAAUCAACGUCAGUCUUGCAGCCAAAAUGUGUAGCCAAGUGCUUUGCUACAGUCAAGGACUAUGUGCAAGGAAAAACUGGGAUUCAGAUCAUUACCUUCACCUGAAUGCAAGCAAUUUUUACAUUGAAUAUGGGCACUGUAAAACAUUUGCAGUAACUGGGGAGCCCACACUUGCAGACCUGUAUUAUUUUAUUGACAAGUUUGAUUGCAGCUGUUUUUCUAAUGUCACUUGUAAGAUGAGAAAAAAAUUAGAAAAUCUUGAUGUUAUUAAUGUGUGCAUUGGUGAAAAUAUCUGUAUAGGUACCCAAAUAAAAGAAAAACUUGCUAGAAAUCGAUCUAAAUGGAAAGAGAGAUUUUAUAAGAGUUUCAACAAUGUCUCAUCUUCCGUGUCACCUGCCAAAAUGUCUCCAUGUGCUUCUGGAAAAGACAUCAGUGAAUGUCUUAAAGUCAGGUGUUCAGUGGAAGCUGUUUCCAACAAUGCCCAGGAAGGCUGUCAGAAUGUUAACUGGAUAAACACUUCCAACCAAUUGUAUAUUCAAAAUGAGGAAAAUGAAGCUGAUUCCAGUACAAGUUCAAUAUUACUCAUAUUUCCUGUCAAUAUCCUUUUUGUUUUAUAUCUUUUUUAUAAACGAGAAACCGAUGUAUUUGUGAAACAAGGCAAAAAGAAGAAUACUUAA